ACCUAACUUGUACAUCACAAGCAACACUUCCACUCAUUCAAAUUCGCACACAGCCGCGGCCCAACCCAACUCCACUCCCCUUGUCCUACAUCCGUCGUCACGCCGCUGCUGCUCCUUAAUCUUUCAGCUGGUUCUUCUACUCUGUCACACUUCUGCGCCAUCGCCGCCGCUCUCUCUCGAAACUGCUACUUCUCACCGCCGCUGUUAUCCUCCAUUGCCGCUGCUUGUAUCUUCCAAAGUCACGACCAGGUAUAUUUCUUACUGUUUUUCUGUGGGUGAUAUUUACAUGGAAAGGUCUUCCUCUGUCGGCCGCAGCUUUAAUUUUGUGUUCUGAACGGUCGCUCUGUAUACUAUUCAUUCCCACCGCUGCAAGUUACUUUUUCACUUAGUUUAAACAUGAAGAGCAAAAAUCCAAAGAAGGGAGGUUCCGCAAUCAAACGGUCGAAAUUUGCAAUCAAAGGGGACCCCUUCUUCGAUACAGAACCGAAGAAACGUCGAAAGAUGGGUUUCCGAGAUGACUACAUCGAAUCCGGAGAGUCAGAGGACGAAAACGGAGUUAUGAGCGGCGGAGAAGAGAGAGAGGAGGACGAAGACGAGGAAAUAGAUCAGUUUGCACGAGAGACUGCGGACGAGAAGAGGCAGCGCAUGGCAAAAUCCUAUGUAGAAAAGCUUCGAGAACUUGCGAGAAGAGAAGAGGAGGAGGAGGGGGAAGAGGAUGAAGAGAGAGAGUUUGAGAAGGAAGGUGAGAGGGAUUCCCUUGUGGUUAAGAAGUUGAUGCAGGAGCAGCUCGAGGAGAGCGGGCGAUUGAGAAGAGUAAUUGCUUCCAGGGUUCAGAAGCCUGAUCGUGGAUUUGAGGUCCUGUUGAAGCACCGGUAUUCUGUUACCGCAGUAUGUCUAUCUGACGAUGAUUCAAAGGGCUUUUCUGCUUCCAAAGAUGGCACAAUUGUAUGUUGGGAUGUAGAUACUGGGAAAGUUGAGAAGUAUCAAUGGCCUAAUGAAGAAACACUCAGACUUCAUGGAGCCAAGGGUCCAGAAGGUCAAGCUACAAAGCAUAGCAAACAGGUUUCAUCGUUGGCUGUUAGCACUGAUGGUCGUUAUUUAGCAAGUGGAGGAUUAGAUAGGCAUGUUCAUUUGUGGGACACACGGACAAGAGAACAUAUUCAGGCUUUUCCAGGUCAUAGGGGCCCUGUGUCAUGCCUAACAUUUAGGCAAGGGACUUCAGAACUCUUUUCUGGUUCUUUUGAUCGAUCAAUCAAAAUAUGGAAUGUGGAAGAUAGAGCUUAUGUAAACACACUGUUUGGUCACCAAAGUGAAGUAUUAACAGUUGAUUGCUUGCGGAAAGAAAGAGUUUUAGCUACCGGACGUGAUCGGACUAUGCAAUUAUUCAAGGUCCCAGAGGAGUCAAGGUUGAUAUUUCGUGCCUCUACAUCAUCGUUGGAAUGUUGUUGCUUGAUUGAUAAUGAUGAAUUUUUAUCUGGCUCUGAUGAUGGAAAUAUUGAGCUCUGGGGCAUCCAAAAAAAGAAGCCUGUGUACAUUGUUAAGAAUGCUCAUGCUUUGUUGACUGACUUCAAAGGUUUUGGACAAAAAGAUAAUGGAAGUAUCUCUAAUGGUCAUCUAGCAUGUUCUUGGGUAAGUUCAGUUACUGUGUGUAGAGGCAGUGACCUUGCCGCAUCAGGAGCUGGUAAUGGUUCUGUUCGCUUAUGGGCUGUUGAAAGUGCUCCAAAAGGCAUUAAACCCCUAUAUGAUCUUCCAUUGGUUGGGUUUGUGAAUUCACUGGCUUUUGCAAAGUCUGGAACGUUCCUUGUUGCUGGAGUUGGGCAGGAGCCUCGGCUAGGAAGAUGGGAACGAAUUUCAGAUGCUCAAAAUGGAGUUGCAAUUCAAAGGUUGACACUUACAUAGGCAGUAGAAAAUAUUUUACUUGCCCAGUUUUGAUCCCUCAAACUAGAGAAGUUAGAUGACAAAUUCUGCUCCUUGUUGUUUUGGUCAUUAUGCAAAUUGUAUAUUUAAUAUCGGCUCAUUGGUUAUGAUAUUUUUGCAUCCUGUUGUUGAGUUCUUUUCCUUCCCAACAAAUUUUUGUUUUUUCUUUGUUUUCUUUAUUCUAUGGAAAAGGGGAUGGGAAAGAAUAUUUAUGCUGAUAGAGAUUUAUAUUUAAUGGAAGGAAAAUUGUCUGAAUAUUUUAUA